ACAAAUGAUGCUGCAGGAAAUACCUGGAACUGGCUUUACUUCAUCCCUCUCAUCAUCAUUGGCUCUUUCUUCAUGCUCAACUUGGUGCUGGGCGUCUUAUCAGGUGAAUUUGCCAAAGAAAGAGAGAGGGUGGAAAACCGCCGAGCUUUCCUGAAGCUCCGCAGGCAGCAGCAAAUUGAACGGGAGCUGAACGGGUACCUGGAGUGGAUCUUCAAAGCAGAGGAGGUCAUGCUGGCAGAGGAAGACAAGAACGCAGAAGAGAAAUCUCCUCUGGACGGGAGGGCCGCCUCGGAAGGGCCGAUUCAACAAGGCACGGCACGGGCGGAGACUAGCAGGGGCAGCAGCUACAACAUGUUGAAAAGAGCUGCAAUAAAGAAGAGCAAAAACGACCUGAUUCAUGCUGAAGAAGGGUCUCCUUUUGCCCGUGCCAGUUUGAAGAGUGGGAAGAACGAGAGCUCAUCCUACUUCAGGAGGAAAGAGAAGAUGUUCCGGUUCUUCAUUCGGCGCAUGGUGAAAGCUCAGAGCUUCUACUGGGUUGUCCUCUGCGUGGUGGCCCUCAACACGCUCUGUGUCGCCAUGGUGCACUAUGACCAGCCAGAGAAGCUCACCACUGCUCUCUACUUCGCAGAGUUUGUUUUCCUGGGUCUGUUCCUCACUGAGAUGUCUUUGAAGAUGUAUGGGCUGGGGCCAAGAAAUUACUUCCAUUCUUCAUUCAACUGCUUUGACUUCGGGGUCAUUGUGGGAAGUAUAUUUGAAGUUAUUUGGGCUGCAGUGAAACCAGGGACCUCGUUUGGCAUCAGCGUAUUGAGAGCGCUCCGACUGCUGCGGAUUUUCAAAGUCACUAAGUACUGGAAUUCCCUGAGGAAUCUGGUGGUCUCCUUGCUGAACUCCAUGAAGUCCAUCAUCAGUUUGCUCUUCCUGCUGUUCCUGUUCAUUGUGGUGUUUGCUUUGCUGGGGAUGCAGCUCUUUGGAGGACAAUUCAAUUUCCAAGAUGAAACACCAACCACGAAUUUUGAUACCUUCCCUGCUGCCAUCCUGACAGUAUUCCAGAUCCUGACGGGGGAGGACUGGAACGCGGUGAUGUACCACGGGAUCGAGUCGCAGGGCGGAGUCCGCUCGGGGAUGUUCUCCUCCAUUUACUUCAUCGUCCUGACCUUGUUUGGUAACUAUACACUCCUGAAUGUCUUCUUGGCUAUCGCCGUUGACAAUCUGGCAAAUGCCCAAGAGCUGACCAAGGACGAGGAGGAGAUGGAGGAAGCCACCAAUCAAAAGCUCGCCCUGCAAAAGGCCAAGGAGGUGGCAGAAGUCAGCCCCAUGUCUGCAGCAAACAUUUCCAUAGCAGCCAAGCAGCAGAACUCCUCCAAAUCCAAGUCCGUUUGGGAGCAGAGGACCAGCCAGAUCCGGAUGCACAACUUCCGAGCCAGCUGCGAGGCGCUGUACAACGAGCUGGACCCGGAGGAGCGGGUGCGUUACGCCACCACCCUUCACAUCAGGCCCGACAUGAAGACCCACCUGGACCGGCCCCUGGUGGUGGAGCCUCGGAGCGAAGGGAGGAACAACAUCAGCAAGCUGAGCCCCGUGGACGUGCAGGAGGUGGAGCAGACCAAAGUCAGCUCCGCGGACGGGGCGGAAGCUCCGCGAAAGCACCACCGGCAUCGGGAGAAGGACAAACUGGGAGAACAAGAGAAGGGCGACGUGGCCAAGGAUGAGAACGGGGAACCCAGCACCAACAGCAAGGAGGAGAGGCACAGGCAGCACAGGAGCCGCAGCAAGGAGGUGGAAGGGGGGAGCAAGGAAGGGAAAAGCGAACGCAGCAGGGGUCAGGAGGGGGGGAAGAGGCACCACCGCCGGGGCUCCGUGGAAGACGGUGCCGAGAAGGAGCACCGCAGGCACCGGCCUCACCGGCACUCUGCCGAGCGGCAGGGCAAGGAGGGCAACGGGACGGCCAACGGGGCCAGGGGCGAGCGGCGCUCCAGGUCCGGGAACAGGGAAGGAGAACCCGGCUCCAAGGGCGAGAGCGGAGAAGAGCCGCACAGGCGGCACAGGCUGAGGAACAGGGCGCUCUCCACCUACGAGGCGGCGGAGAAGGAGAACGGGGAGAAGGAGGGCGAGGCUGGAGAGAAGGAGCACCGGAAUCAUCAGCCCAAGGAGAACCAGUGUGAGAUUGAGGCCAGUGGAAGUGUGAGUGUCCCUGUGCACACCCUUCCCAGCACCUAUCUGCAGAAGGUCCCAGAGCAGCCAGAAGAUGCUGACAACCAGAAGAACGUGACGCGGAUGAUUCAGCCACCUCUGGACAAAACCACCACUGUGAACAUCCCUGUCACCAUCACUGCCCCACCAGGGGAAACCACUGUCAUACCAAUGAACAACGUGGAAUUUGAAAGUAAAGCAGAAGAGAAGAAAGACGUCGAUGACCUGACGAAAAAUGGGCCUAAACCAAUCUUGCCUUACAGUUCCAUGUUUAUCCUCAGUCCUACGAACCCGAUUCGACGUCUGUUCCACUACAUCGUCAACCUGCGCUAUUUCGAGAUGGUCAUCCUCAUAGUUAUAGCCCUCAGCAGCAUUGCCCUGGCUGCAGAGGACCCUGUCCAAGCUGAGUCACCAAGGAACGAUGCUCUGAAAUACUUGGAUUACAUAUUUACAGGUGUCUUUACCUUUGAGAUGGUGAUCAAGAUGAUCGACCUGGGGCUGUUACUCCACCCUGGCUCCUACUUCCGUGACCUGUGGAACAUCCUGGACUUCAUUGUGGUCAGUGGGGCCUUGGUGGCAUUUGCCUUUUC